CUCGCUAUUAAAAUAUCUACAAUGAAGUACCAGAUCGUUGCCUCUACUCUUGCUCUUGCUGCCAUCGCUUUAGCUGCUCCAUCAGCAGAUGCCCUGCCAUGGGCCAAUGCGAACUCACAAGCUGCUGCUGCUGCAAAAGCGUACGCAGAUGCCUAUGCUGAAGCUGAAGCCAUUGGUCAUGCUGAUCCAGAUGCCUUUGCUUUGGCUGCCUCUGCCGACGAUUGUGCUUCAAUUGCAUGUCACGCAGCCUGUGGACUGUUGAUCAUUGAAGCUCAAAGCUGUUCUGGUAACUCAGAAAACACUUAUAAGGGCCCAUAUGAUACUUCGUGUCUGUGUUCAGAGGGCUCUGCGUUCAUGUCUCAUUAUGCCCCUUGCAUGGAGUGCGGUUGGACCUUGUGGAAGUACUACGGUGUCUACGUUGAAGAUGCUUUGGCAGCUUGUCCUGGUUUGUCGACUGAGCCAACAGGUACCUUGAGAUGCUCAACCACCUUGACCGAUGCGUACACACCGGAUUAUAACAUUGAGGGCUGCUCGUACUUGGGGAACUGUCCAGAGAAGACUGAUGAUGCUAAAACCACUGCUGAGGAGCCUACAACCACCGCUGAUAAGCCUACAACCACUGCAGCUGACACCACCGAGACUCCAAAACAAACCACCGAUGAACACCAGCCUGAAGAGGAGACAACCACUACAGAGCAACCUGCUACAGAGACGGCCGGAGAAAAGACCACUGCAAUGGACCAAACUAGAUCAGGGGAAACGACCGUUCAAACACCUGACAAGACCACUGCUGCCCAAGAAUCCACUGCCCAAGACUCCACCAUCCAUGAUGUAUCAACUUUUGAAGGUGCUGCUACCAAGGUUGGCGCUGCUGCAGGCGCUGCCAUUGCAGGUGCCUUCUUGUUGUUCUAAGCGUAACUGCAAGGACACACGCCCGCCUACUCAAACAGAAAAAUAACCGCAACCCCCCGCGUAUUCUCUUUUUCGCCGAUGUCCUUGGUGACUUCUGUCCUUAGUGAGGCCCACCAGCCACUCGAUAUUGUCUUUGUUUAACGUUAAUCCUCUAUACCCCCAUGUUGUG